CCCCAUAGGCCAUAGCAACCCAUCCCCCCGUACUCGAUAGCGACUCACUCCGCAAACCAGAGAGAUAGAGAGAGAGAGAGAGGAGAGAGAGAGAGAGAGAGAGAGAGAGAGAGAGAGAGGAGAGAGAGAGAGAGAGAGAAGGAGGAGAUGAGCUCUGAGUAGUGUGAUUCCUAAUCACACACAAUCUUAUCAACAAACAACUCGCUCUCGAUCUUUCUCCUUGCCAAUCCAAAAUCACUCUGUUUUUGCAGCAGCCAAAACAAACCGAAUGGAUCCUACCCGCCAAAAAUUAAUUGUACCCAUUUUCGGCCCCAAUGCAUGGGAUUUCCAGCCCUAGAAAUAUCUCAACCUUUUCGAUUUCAGCUUCAACCACCUCAUUUUUGCUCUCUCUGUUCGGGCACAAAACCCUAAACUCGUCUGUGGGCCGAUAUGCAAAGUGGAUACACCAAUGUGGAUAUGGGGACAUGACAAAUCUAAAGAAGGUGGGACACUACAGAAGGAGACCCAAUCGCAUUCUUCGUCCUAAAUGGUGCAUGAUGUGUAGAAGCGCAAGUAGAUAAUGAAAAUUCUGAUAUGAAUCGAGAAGAGUUUGGGAAUAUUAUGACUGUGAGAGCAAAACCAACAGGUACGCUGCUUGUGAAAAACAAUGGUCACAGAGAGGAUGAAGGGGAGUCCAAGCUUGAACCCCAAGUGGGGCUAGAAUUUGAUUCAGCUGAAGAAGCCCAGGAGUUUUAUAAUUUAUAUGCAACGCAAGCGGGAUUCCGAAUUAGGAUUGGUCAGUUGUACCGGUCCAGAGUGGAUGGAACAGUUAUUUCUCGACGAUUUGUGUGUUCGAAAGAGGGUUUCCAAACCAAUUCUAGAACGGGUUGUCCAGCCUUCAUAAGGGUACAAAAAAGUGAUUCUGGGAAGUGGGUCCUUGCCAAUAUCAAGGUUGAGCACAAUCACGAGCUUGGACACCCAGGGGAGAUUCGCCCACCCCAUAUACAAAGGAAAGCCCUUCCAGCUCCAAGAUCUUCAAUUGCUGUGUCCACUAGGACUGGGAUAAGAUCACUAGAAGAGGAGGAUGGGCGUCCUAGCCCAUCAGGUGCCAUUGAUGUCAAACGCCUCAAAACAGAAGAAGCUGAAGAAAUACCCAAAGUCGAACCAUGCAAAGGUCUUGAAUUUGGUUCUGCUAAUGAAGCCUACAAAUUUUACUAUGCAUAUGCGGCUAGCUUUGGCUUCAAAGUCCGGAUUGGUCAGUUGUUCCGUUCGAAACAUGACGGAUCAAUUACCUCUAGAAGAUUUGUGUGCUCCAAGGAAGGGCAUCAACACCCUUCAAGAGUAGGUUGUGGUGCAUUCAUGAGGAUACAGAGGCAAGACACAGGAAGAUGGGUAGUUGAUCGGCUUCAAAAAGAACACAAUCAUGAUCUUGAUUCUCCAAUGGACGCUAGUAGGCUAAUUGCUGCCCCUCCAAAGGGUUUUAAAGAGGAAGUAAGUAGUGGGUUGGAAAAUUUGGAUUUAGUUGAAACAAAUGGUGGCUUCAACCUUGUCAAAAUAGUCCAUCAAAGUAAUGUUGGAAGUGAUUGGUACCCGGUGCUUCAGGAGUAUUUUCAGUCUCGUCAAGCAGAAGAUACAGGAUUCUUUAAUGCAGUGCAGGUUGAUGAUGGCAAAUGCAUGAGCAUUUUCUGGGCUGAUGGCCGGUCUAGAUUUUCUUGCGCGCAAUUCGGUGAUGCCAUUGUUUUUGAUACCUCGUACAGAAGCAGUAGUUAUUUGGUUCCAUUUGCUUCGUUUAUUGGAAUUAACCACCAUAGGCAACCUGUUCUUCUUGGGUGUGCUUUGAUUGCUGAGGAAUCCGAGGAAUCUUUUACUUGGGUUUUUCAGGCAUGGCUUAGGGCAAUGUCAGGUCGUCGUCCUUUGUCGAUAGUAGCUGACCAAGACAAGGCCAUCCAACAGUCAAUUGCACAAGUUUUUCCCGGUACACAUCAUCGUUUUUCAACAUGGCAAAUUAAGGCAAAGGAACAGCAGUAUUUGGGUGCAUUUCUUUCAAUGGAUGCCGGGUUCAAAUAUGAGUACGAGGCUUGCGUUUGUCAGAGUCAAACACCUAACGAAUUUGAUUCCGCAUGGAAUGUGCUUCUAAACAAAUAUGACUUGAACGAGAAUGCUUGGUUGAAGGAAAUGUACAGAACUCGCAAAAGUUGGGUUCCAUUGUAUAUAAGGAGUACAUUCUUUGCUGGUAUCCCUAUUGAUGGAAGCAUGAAAUCAUUUUUCGGUACGUUUUUGAAUUCCCAUACACCUCUGAAUGAAUUUGUUUUACGAUAUGAAAAAGCUGUUGAGCAACGUCGCGAGGAGGAAAGAAAGGAAGAUUUUAACUCAUUUAACUUGCAAGUUGUUCUGCACACAAAAGACCCGAUUGAAGAUCAAGGCAGAAGGCUUUACACAGUCACAAUGUUCAAAACAUUCCAGAAAGAGCUUUUGGAUUGUUACGGUUACGUCGGCAUAAAGAUUAAUGUGGAAGGUGUUAUCAGUCGGUAUUUGGUGCAGAAGUGUGGUAAUGGAGGGGAUGAGAGGAAUACUGUUGCCUUCAACACAUCUAAUCAAAAUGUCAGUUGUAGUUGUAAAAUGUUUGAAUUUGAAGGGGUGCUUUGUAGGCAUGCAUUAAAAGUCUUCCAGAUAAUGAACAAAACAGAACUUCCAUCUCGCUAUAUUUUGCACCGGUGGACAAAAAGUGCCAAGUAUGGUAUUCUACGGGAUGUUGAUUCAGGUGGUGGGUCCCAAGAUUUCAGGGCCUUGAUGCUGUGGACUUUAAGAGAAGAAGCCCGUAACUACAUUGAGGCAGGGGCAGCAUCUAUAGAAAGAUACAAACUGGCUUUUGAGAUUAUGCAAGAGGGUAGAAGAAACCUUUGUUGGCAAAACUAAGAAGUAUUGUAGACUAAGGCAACAAAGAGAGCUUAUGCGAUGUUUGACGGGUGGAGACUGCUCGAGGACUCAUGCGACUAUCUAGGUGGAUUUUGCUUUGCAGCUUCUUUUCAAAGCAAGAGAGUGUUUUGUCGGAACCCAGCUGUCCUUCGUCAAGGUCCUUAUCCUGUUUCUUUUUUCAUUUGAACAAGACGACUGGAAUUCUCCCCUGUUCAUCGCUUGUUAACUUGGUUAAAUAUUUUCAGUAAAUGAAUAUAUAUUCGAUGUUCAAAGGAUUGAGCAGCAGUUGUAUUAGGUUGGAUGUCAGUCAGGUAGGAUGGUUGUACAGUGAUGCUUUUAACUGGUUUCCAGACUAAACAUUAGUGAUUUGUUUUGGUUUUGUGCCGAUUUCAAUCA